AUGAAGUCUGCAGCUCUCCUUGCCGCAGUAUGUGCGACCGCUGUGUUUGCGAAGCCAGAGCAGGUCGCGCCCAGGGCGCUAUUUACUAUUGAAGUCGCUCCUGGAGAGACUACCCAGAUCACAGAAGAAGAGAGAUGGGAACUUUCCGCUAGCGGCGGCUGCGGAAGCCAUUUCUUCGACAUCAGUGACUCCCAUGUCGCACCUCUCGCAGUCAGAGCAGGACCACCCUACCCCAAAAAGUUCAAAUACCAAGAAAACGUCAAGCGACUUUUCCCGAAACUCAGUUGGGAUAACAUCAAAAAGAACUUAGAGUACUACUCUACCUUUCACACGCGUUUUUUCGAAACCGAAACCGGCGCCGAGGCUGCGCAGUGGCUUCUUGGUCAGGUUCAAGAUGUAGUAUUGAAGUCUGGAAAGAAGGGUGUUACUGCCGAAGCAUUCCCACACGCACGAUGGCCGCAAAACUCUGUCGUUGCGCGUGUCCAAGGACGAAGCAACAGGACUGUAGUUGUGGGUGCUCAUCUCGACUCUAUCAACUCAGCAGACCGAAUGAAUGGACGUGCGCCAGGUGUUGAUGAUGACGGUAGCGGCUCGUUCCUUAUCCUAGAAGCUCUCCGCGUAUUGCUAAGCGACAAAGACUUCGGCCCAAGCAAGCUGCAAAACUCCAUCGAGUUCCACUGGUACGCGGCGGAGGAGGGAGGACUGCGUGGUAGUCAAGACAUCUUCACGCAAUACGCGGCUGCCGGCAGGGAUAUCUGGGCCAUGUUACAGCAGGAUAUGGUUGGAUACACAAAGGGUACUAUUAACGCUGGAAAGCCAGAGAGCUUUGGUCUUAUCACCGAUUUCACGGAUCCGGCGCUUAACGAGUACAUCACUCGCGUCAUCAAGGAGUACACCGACAUCACAUAUGUGAACAGCACAUGUGGAUACGCGUGUUCCGAUCAUGGCUCUGCGAUGAGGAGUGGCUUCCCCGCGUCGUUCGUCUUCGAAUCUGCUUUUGAGUACCGAAACCCUUACAUCCACACUGCCAAUGACACCAUGGAACACAUGGAUCCCGACCACGUAAUUCAACAUGGCCAGCUCGUCUUGGGAUACAUAUAUGAGCUUGGAUUCAGUAAGCAUGACCUGUAG